AUGCCCGGUGUCAUCAUGGACAAUGCCAAUGUCGAGGGAUCUGUGCGGGGGCCAGGUCUCAAUGACGCUACCAACGGCGCGCUUCACUCUCUGGGGACAAAUGAGAAGUUCGGUCCACAAUCAACCUCCAUGAAUGGGCCUGUUCAUGUGAAUGGCAUAGGCGGAGGAGGUGAAGCCCUGAACCAACAUGUUAAGGCCUCAACGCAGGAGAUUGGAGAGCUUGUUUCGGCGCCUUUCGAAAUCCCUCAUAUCACACAGGGCUUCUUCCCCUUCGGGACACUCGUCCAUCGGGCCGUGCAGAAUUGCUGGAACGAGUUGUCGGAUUUGAUUUCGGAAUUGGCUACAAUACAGGUACCCUCGGAACCUUCAGCUGCGUCGGCUAUAAACGGCAAAUCUCCCGGAAACCAAUCCGCGGAAAAUAUCCACAAGAAAAUGCGGAUACUGGAGUUUGCGCAUGCCAGGAGAGCGGAAUUCAUCAAGCUUCUUGUUCUCUCACAAUGGAGCCGACAAGCGGCGGAGGUCAGUCGGUUGAUUGAUAUCCAGGGCUUCAUUCGCACACGGCACCAGGCGUACACCAAUGCGAUACACUAUGUGGGUGUAAUGAAGCAGGAUCUUGUCAGAGCGCAGGUGGCCAAUCCAGAUCUAAAAACGGCCCUUGAGGUUCUCGCCAAGGGCCGGGUGACUUCUCUACCGGAUUUUGGCUACAAGCCCCCAAGACCACUGUCUGCACGCGCCACUCUCAAGAAACUGCACAAGAUCAAUCGCAUAAUCAGUGCAAGGCUAAUAUUGCAAGACCAAGUACCACAUCCCUUGCGACAUUACCGAGUGCACGAUGGUCGGGUCACCUUCACAGUAGCCGGGGAGUUUGAACUCGAUCUUUCAGUUGCGGAGGAAGCGAAGACCUCCCAAUUUUUCUUCGUUGACAUCCGAUUCCUUUUCACACCCUCCUCUCCGAUUCCCAAAGGCCGGAUACUCAACGAGCUUGAUGGAGAGAUUAAUCGCAUCCUUCUUAACGAUGGCCUGUUUGGAUGUUUCAAUUUUUUGCAUGGUUUGGUCUUAACAAACAAAGUCAACACCCUUUACAAACAGGCUAUUCAACUUGCGCGAGGCCUUUGGUCGGAUGCAUUACGCAUUGAGUUGCUUCAUCGUACCCUUGUCGUUCAGUACUGGCCAUCGAGGGCAGGUCCCAAAAGCUGGAUCGAAAUCGGCGUCCGAAGGGGUGCUGGCGAUUCCAAUAACAAGGUCCCGCAACUCAACCUCCGCUGGAUGCGCAAUGGUCAGCAUGCAGAUAGCGAUGCUGUCAAUUUCGAUUCGGAUGUGCUUUCUAUAGAGCGUAUUUUGCGAAGUGUGAUCGCGUUACAUACAUCGCAUGUCCUCUCCUCCGCCUACGCCACCCUUAAAAAGAAUCUUCUAUUUGCCAACCAUGUGCUCUCAUUACGGGGCCAACUCUCGUCAUCAGAGCCAGGUGAUUGCUAUCUUGACCUGCAGUUGACGACUACUCGAUAUCUACGGGCUUCCAUUGAGCCCCAGUCUGGAACCAUCACUCUUUCGGGCAUGCAGAGUGUCUUGGAACGCCUUGAGGGUGACCGGACUCCAAACAAUUCAGCUGUUGAAGAGCUUUUAUCUCGUGUCGCUCGCCUUCGCUGCUUCACUGCCGUGGAAGAAAUCGAGUCCGGUACGAAGGCUCUUGGCUUGGAGAGUGUCAAUCAGAGGGGACUGGGGCUGGAUGUCCGCAAACUCUUUCCGCCCAAUACUAUCCGCUCUGCUUUCUUUACACAGCAAACGUGGGAUCGCCGCUGGAUCGCCGCUGCAACGAGCAGCAUGGAUGGCGAUCACUGGUGGUUGGUCCAACUUAGGCCAGAGACUAGGCGUGCAGCACUGCCAUAUGCUGCUAAUGAUAAUGCCUCGAGUUUCCCGCUGGCGCAUGCCGUGAGCAGCACACUAAUGGGGUCACGGCGCCGAUAUGACUACGCUGCUUGUGCAGAGCUGGUAUAUGGUCUGACGGGUAUUCUGGCGAUCUAUGCCAAUGCUCGUUGCUUGGCAGAUUUGGGCGUGCGCUUCCAACCGCCUCUAGAGAAACUGCAGCUGGAGUCAGACUUGCAGGUUUCAGAUCUCUUCAUUGACUACAAGCCAUCCAUACUCCCCCCUGCUUUCCGGAUACCACGACCUUCUUCGAAUUUGCAAAGAGACUCCUUUAUCGAGGAAACUAUCCGCCUUUCCUUCCAGGGUGUGGAUCGACAAAGCAACUCUGCAGUCCUAGUAGCGUACGGUUCUUUGCGACGCCGUAUCAAGUCGCUCCAUUACCUUGUCUCCCAACUGGAUCCCGAGCUUCUUGUGCAAGACAAUGGAGGCGGCUUUGCGUUGCGUCUGCUUGUUCCAGCAGGACAUUCCGUCAUUAUCGGUCUCUUUGAGCGCUUGCAACGGCUCGAUUGCGUGGUCUAUAUUCUCCAGACUCUCAUACAAAAGGGCAUGGAGCCCCGGUCGUUGUCCUUAUCCCAAAUGACCUUCCUCUACGGCCCAGACAAGAACCUGCGUGCCCGGUUCGGCAUCGAUGUCUCAGGCCCUUCCUUGUCCACGUACAUUGACGUCCCCCAGGCCCUUUCACAGGCUACUCCCAUCUUCCAUCUGCGUCUGAGGCUCAGCUUCGACAGCCCCAGCCCCCACCGCCGCAUACAAGAACCCCUCACGGUUGCACUAAACCAUCAAUUCGCCGAGGCCGGUAUAGAACCCAUUCUCGGUUUGAUGGCCAAUACUUUCCCCCUCCUGCGCAGCCUGGAUCAAAUCACCUCCAAGCCAGCUCAGGCGGAAUCCGCCCUGGUGCACGUCACCGUACGCAGCGCCACCGUUUUCCAGUUUCACUAUCCCCUGCUGCGAUAUCGCUUCCGGCUGUCCGCUUGUCCGCGACAGGGCACAACCGUGUGGUUGCUCGAGGACGCUAACCGGUUCCCUCUACCGGAGCCUAAUCAAGUCUCCGCUGUGGUUCGCGAAAAGGUCUAUAAUGUCAAAGGCAACGGCUGGCAGGGCCUUGGAGACGGCGCCAGGUCCUCGGUCGAUCAUGUGGGCGAUCUCCUCUCCACGCUGCAUGAGUGCCUAGGCACUUGUCAGCCUGUCCCUGAGCCCGUUCAGCAGGGCGGAAAUGGGAACACUAAUCCCGCGCAGCCUAGACCGGCCCUGCAGCCAGCGCAAGAAAAUCCGGCUCCCCCGCCGGCUGCCAGGCCCAAAACGGCCUCCCCACAGAAGAAAAAUGCGGUGGGAAACGCCAAUAUCAUCACGAUUGACUAG